AUGGCGGAUAAACUACGUGCCCAGCAGCAACUCGAAGCGCUGCAAUCGCGCUACAUCGGUAUCGGAUCCUCGGACACGUCCAAACACGAGUGGACCUCGAACAUCGCGCGCGACAGCUUGAGCUCGUAUCUGGGACAUCCGCCCCUGCUUCAGUACAUGAGCAUUGGCUUGGGUCAGUCGAGGGAGAUGACCAGGGUGCAGAUGCUGGAGCGCAUGAUUCAACCAAGUGGAAAGCCGCCCAAGAACGACUGAUUGCACUUGCAAUACAUGGACGAAAUCACGAUUGAACAUGGCUAGUUCAAAAACAUAC